GGUCCGUUACACCACGACUCAGUGCAGUCAUCUUCUCUCAUCUUCAUUUUUCUUUCCCACCGCCAGCCGCCGUUCGCCGCCGCGACCACCUCUCUCUCAUUGCCAGAACGAGCCAUUAACUGCCAACACCCGUCGCGUCGAGUGUGCCGUCGUUCGGCGCUGUCGGAACUUUGUAAAUCGUGUACUGAAUUCAAAGCUUUGUCUCUAGCUUCGUGUGUGUGAGCGCUCAUUUCUUUCAGAUGGCUCUCUUUACUCCAAACUUUUCUCUCAAAGUUUCAACCUCUACUGUUCCUCAACGCCGUCGGUUUUUGGUAUCCCAACGUAUCUCUCCUCCAAGGGCUUCCAUUGCAGUCGAGACAACUUCAUCCUUCACUGUCGAUGGCGGUGCUCCAAGGGUCCUCCUCGAAGUCAAAGACCUGUCCGCCGUAAUCACCGAGUCCAAGCAGCCUAUCUUGAAAGGUGUUAACCUCACUGUCUAUGAAGGAGAGGUUCACGCAGUGAUGGGGAAGAAUGGUUCUGGGAAGAGUACUUUUGCAAAGGUGCUUGUUGGCCAUCCGGAUUAUGAAAUUACUGGAGGAAGUGUAUCAUAUAAAGGACAAGAUUUGUUUGAGAUGGAACCUGAGGAACGAGCUGUGGCUGGCUUAUUUAUGAGCUUCCAGUCUCCAGUUGAAAUUCCUGGAGUAAGCAAUAUUGACUUCCUGAACAUGGCAUACAAUGCCCGAAGGAAGAAACUUGGAUUACCAGAGCUUGGGCCAAUUGAGUUUUACGCCUACGUGGCACCUAAGCUCGAGCUUGUGAAUAUGAAGAUCGACUUUUUAAACAGAAAUGUCAAUGAAGGAUUCAGUGGAGGAGAAAAGAAGCGCAAUGAGAUUUUGCAGCUUGCGGUUCUCGGUGCAGAGUUGGCUAUUUUAGAUGAAAUUGAUUCUGGUUUAGAUGUAGAUGCUCUUCGGGAUGUAGCAAAAGCAGUUAAUGGGCUCCGAACUCCGAACAAUUCAAUCCUGAUGAUCACUCACUAUUUACGCCUUUUAGAAUUCAUAAAGCCGACCUAUAUCCAUGUCAUGGAGAAUGGCAGGAUAGUGAAGACUGGAGAUAUAUCCAUUGCCAAAGUAUUGGAAAAAGAAGGCUACAAGGCGAUUUCUGGCUAACCUUUUGGAUGAAGAUUUAUACUUCUAAUUUUGCUCCUUCGACAUUGAAAAUCGAGUUUUUUCUUUUUUUGGGAGGAAAAUCCAUUAUGGAUGGACCAAAAUUAGUUGACGACGAGUAUUAGUAGUGUGAUAGCUCAUCUGUCUGUGCAGUUAGAUGUUUGUAAAUGUAUAUUAAAUACAAUUUUUCCUUAUUGUCAUCUCUUUGCGUUCUUUUCUUUUUUCGUGAAACUUUUAAACUGGAUCGUUUGAGUUUGUUCUCCAUUAAGACGUAAUGGAGUUGGGAAUUUAAGAUUCUUCAAAUUUUGCAAAACAUACCCAUUGGUCUUCUUCCAAUAACGAGCUAGACAAGUAUAUUUUGUGGACUGCAAC